CCAUCAAAUCAAAGCUGCACUUAACUCCAAGCAAUUGUAAAUUGAGCUCAACAAGGAACGCGCCGUUUUGCUCCACUACCUUCAUCCUCACAAGCCUCUAUUCAUACCCGGCGCUAGAUCUAACCAUCUCAAUUACCACUCUCUAGAAAUCGCAAUCCGCCAAGAUGCACGUCGAACGCCAGAUCAAGCUCGUUACCGAGCAACACAACAUCCCGAAGCCUUCGCCUAUGCCUGAGUUUCCCAUGAAGGAAUGGAGUGUCAAGAUUUACGUUCUGGAUCAGGCCAACAAUGAGCAUCCGGCCACCUGCUUCACUAAGGUUAUUUACAACCUUCACCCCUCUUUCGAGGAAAAGACCCACCAGACUUUCACCGAACCUCCUUUCACCUGUGCCAACGAAGGCUGGGGCGAGUUCGAGAUGUCGAUCGACCUAUUCACCACCGAGAAGGGAGGCAAAACCACGGUCUACCACGACUUGAACUUCCAGUCCCCAAGCUACGAGGUUAUUCAGUCGGUUACCUUCAAGAACCCCUCCCAGUCCCUGCUGGCUAUCCUCCGUGAGACCGGUCCGAUCCCCAACGAGGACGAUUCUAAGGUUGCUGCCAAAGCCCGCAAGGCCAACGACCUUAAAAAGAAGAAAGCAGUAUGCGACUUCGAGAAGAUGGCAGACGCUCUUGGCAAGUUGGGCGAGGAGGAUCUCCUCCAGGUAAUCCAGAUGAUUCACGACUACAAGAACGAGGACACUUACAUCAAGAACGACGUCGAUGCUGGUGAAUUCACCGUUGACCUGUACACGAUGCCCGACCUCCUGGCAAAGAUGAUAUGGGACUUCCUGGUUGAGAUUAAGGUCGUAUCUUAGGAGUCUGGAUCGUGAAGUCUUCACGAAGUAUUGUGUAUACAGACUAUUCCUAGUCUCCCGGUUUUAUUCUCGCAGGGACUUGGUUGCAUUUGCAUUGGCAUUGGCGUUACAGGGUUAGGCAUUGGCUCCUGUCUUUAGGAUGGCCCUCCAUGAAUGUGGCAUUGGUUGGCAGGUGGUAAUGGUGACAUUGGCGUAUGGCUGCGUUUUCACGCUUCACCCAACGCGAUAGAUACCCUGCAAGUAGUCCCCCGACAAUGCGUAAAAGGUUUAAUAAAGUGAUUUUUGGCA